AUGCCCGAACCUGCUGGAAUUGUAGAACUACGGCGUGACCGUGACUACGGUGGUGGUGACGGCGAAGGAUCGGCAGUCCCUACUAUAACGACGAGAGAGACAGGGUUUCUACAAACGAGGGCUUCGGUGUCCACGAUUUACGGUGGCUUCGCGGUAGUUCCGAACCGGAAACGUUCCCAGCACGACCCAACGCAACCCCGCACACCACCACGACUACCCGACGAGGCUUCAUUGUUUCCAGUCGCUCCGGCCGGAUCCCUCCCCCUCGUUGGGUACACACACAAACACGUCCGCAAUUCCUUCCGUUGCGUUACGGUCCGUGCUGGAAUGAAGGACACGCAGCAACUACAACUCUUGGUCUGUUCCGCUAAUUUGGGCAACGAGCAACCCGAUCCCGACUCCUUGGCUGCUUGGAUUCCCACGGAUGGCGCUUGCCAAGCCGUUCUGCGUCAAGAUGCACCGUACCCCGUCCAAUCCUACCACUACAGUAGCAGUACCAACCACAAUAAUCACAACAACAACAACAACACGAGCACUCGGUCGUUGGAGGCAGACAAUGACGUGCCGUCGGAUGCGUCCCGUUACACCGACACGGAUCAGUUUGAUAUGAUCGUCAUCGGCAUGCAGGAGGCGACCUUUGACCCACCGGCGGGGGCGACCCGCGUACCGGUCGUCCAACCCAUUCUCGAGAAGGGCGUCAAGAAAGCCUUGGAUACGGUCAACAAUCUGACCGCCACGCGUGAUCAUACCAAAAAGACCGCCAGUAUCGGUGUUCCCGACUGGAGUGGAGGAACGGCCGCGCUGCACAAAAUGCUCGAACUCAGUCUCCCGUCCUACCAGCAUGUCGUUAGUUACCAACGAGGGCAAAUGCGACUCGAAGUCUUUACACAUGCCCAGCAGAUUGACGUUCGAGUCCUCCGCACGACGGCACAGAAUACGGGACGCGGAGGAUUGGCCAAUAAGGGAGGCAUCGUCACGGAGCUGCUGGUCAAUGAACACACGCGGUUGGCCUUUAUGACUACUCAUUUGGAAGCGCACGAAGGAGCCAGCAAGUGUGCCAUUCGCAGCAGCAGCCUCGGGGACAUUCUGGGUGGGACCAAGACCAAACUACACGACGUUUCGCAGACGGCUCACUACACGUUCGUCCUCGGAGACUUGAACUUUCGGACCGAGUUGCCCGGGUCGCACUUUUUGUCCGAAGAAGAUCACAAGGCCCGAGUGUGGAAUUGGGUCGCAACACGAAACUGGCAAGCUUUGAACGAUGCGGAUGAAUUGCAACGGGAACUCCGGAAUAAAAACUGUCUGGUGGGAUUUCAAACGUUGCGGUGCAAUUUUCCACCCACCUUCAAAGUAGAACGACAGCCCGGAUACCAGUACAUUGACAAGAGACGACCAUCGUAUACCGAUCGGAUCUUGUGGAAGACCGGGCAUCAAAUGGAACAGGGGGUGGUACCGUUGGUGUACGAGCCAAUUGAUGUCUUCGCGUCCUCGGAUCACAAGCCGAUUCGGGCCGCUUUUGGCGUCGACUUGAACGACUCGUUCCGGAUGCGUCCUAAACUGCACCGGAACCACUCGCACAUCAAUUUAUCCACAUUGCUGCAUCGGAGAAACAGCCAGCCGAACCUCCGUCAGCCCGUUGUCGCCCAUCGCGACAAGCUGCAACUCUUCGUUUCCGGCAUGGCGUGCCAGCUUUUUCCAAAUCGAGAUUUGCCUCCGAACCCGUACUUGUGUUUGGUUUCUUCCCCGCCCGAUGCAUUGCAAACUUUGGGUAAAGUCGGUGGUCAGGCUACGACGGCGCAAGGCUGGCCGCGAUCGAGUUUGCAAAUGUCGACCAAUACACCAAAAUGGGACGGGGAAGAGAUUCACUGCCAAAUACAAACUCACGGAGCAGAUGGUUCUUCGUUGGACCUGACUGGUGCGCUCUUACACUUGACGAUUAUGAACUAUAAUCCGAGCAACCAAGAUUCGGUGGUGGGAACCUUCACGUUCAAUCUCGUGAAUCUGCUGCGCUCUUGCCGCCGGACGAGCCCAGAGACUAAUUCGGGUUCCGAACGAGAUCUGCAAGGGAAGAGAGGACCCCGAAAUCUGUUUCGUCGAUCGCAAGCACAAACUGCUGUUUGGAACGAUCCAAUCACCAGCGUUGACCUUGACGAAUCAAUCUGCUUGAAUGGUAUGGAGACGGGAAGGAUUCAGUGUACGAUCGAUGCGUGGUGGAUGGAUACAGCCAAAGCCUUGGCGACCAGACCUGGCGAAGACCGCCGUAGUGCGGUCCAUCGAUACACUAUCGCCAACCAGCAGCGACGUGGUUCGAACGACAUGCAACCGUCGAGUGGCGCAAGUAUGAAUGAGACUUGAUCGAUUUCAUGUUUCGAUUAGUCCUGUUCCACACAGAAAGGCAUCGGGGAUAAACGCAAACGAAGCCAACAAUCCUAUGUGUGUACACAAAUGAAGCCAAAGAUCCAUACAAUCAGCGUUACUGACAGCAAAGAUAUCUACUAUCUUUCUUCAUUCACAUUGAAAUCCCUUUACUUUCUCGGUGACAACUGAACAAGAAAAAGAGCCGUAAAAAGCCCUACCGUUCACAGCCGCUCAACCUUGCAAAGCUAAUCUUACACAUGAACAUCCAUUCGAUUC